GCGAGCGGAUGUAUGUACGCCGUCUGUAUUAAAUUUCGCACAGUAUUCGAAAGUCGCUCGUUAUCUCUCCGAGCGAUUUUGCUUCAAAAAAUAAAGCUACACAUAUCUAUGCUUAAAAAAGUGCUGUCUUAUUACUUUAUAAAUUAUAUCGCUGAAGCAAUUUAUUUAAAAGCAGCGGCCGAUCGUAAGUGGAUGUGUUGGAUGUGAUGGAUUCGAGGUACCUUCAAACUUUUGUUCGCCCUCUUAAGCCUUUUGUGUUUUAGGACAAAUUACUUAACCUUUAUAGCAAACCCUUACAACCCAUUGGUCCAAAAAAGUGACUUAUAAAACGUACAAUAUCGAUACAAUUCAUAUCCUAUUUCUAACUUUAUUUAUUAAAUUUUCUUGAAUUGAAUGUGUGGACCAAACUUUGGAAAACUGUAUAUAUUUUUCGGAAAAGUGUAUAUUGCAGUGUAGUGUGAACAUAGUUGGUGUUUCUUAUGUAGGUCAAGACACUUCAAAACUUAUAAUCAUCGGUUUCUGAUCGAUAUCGUGUAACAUAUCAGGUUAAAAAUGUCUGUACCCACAACUGAUAGUACAGAAGCCAUUACUAAUUCCGGCUAUGGAAGCAGCGAUGAGACGGCGAGUCUUCUUGUAUCAGGACCUUCAGUAACAGUCAUCGUGCCCAACGAAAAUAGAACUGUCAAACCAGUGCUACAAAGACAGGACUGCACAACCCAUCUGAGACCACAGUUAUCUGGUGGACCUGGAAGCGAAGAAAGCGCUGCCUCCAUAAGAGUAGAAGAUGGGACGACUAGAAGCGUUCCCGACAUAGAAUUGCAAUGUAGAGACCAAGCGGACCGCCCGCAAACUUUAGUAUCCCCAAUCGCAACGUGCUCCCACAGAGGUUCUGUUACAUGCCAGCUAGUUCCACACUCGUACAAUAGAUGUCGCGUUUGCGAACGGAGGCAGUCAACGGCGCCAAUAUCAGCGUUGCAACUAGCGCGAUCUGUAUCGCGGGAAAGCGUUCGUUCAGCUUUGCACUACCCGUGCGGGUGCAGUUCUCUACACGCCGUCAGUACAUGCCCCGUCAUUCAACCUCCAGCCUUAUUGCUACCCGCGUCAAGUAACAGAAUCAUUCGGCAAAGUUCCCAGCCGGAGUCUAGCGCAUGCGCGGCGCACUGUGCUCAUCAUAGCCACCACCACCCUAGCGCCUCCCUGCGGCAACUACGGGAACCAGGCGAUGGAAUCGCUGGCAUCGCAGCUGACUCCCUCCGUAUUAACGGAGGGAUGCGACCCUUCAAACAGGGGCUGCUCCUCUGCCCACAAACCCUGUCGCAGACUCGCCGGGCCCGACUGAGGCGCGCAUUCACUGAGGCCACGGGAGAUACAGUGACCUACGUUAGAACGUUGCGAAAGCCGGUGUCGACUCUCUCGAUUCCGGGCACCAUGAAGGCCUACUCUGGCGGGAGGGAACCGACCGAGGAGGCCGGCGUGGCGCUGGUCGGAGUUCACAGCGAGUAUCCGCGGUACGGUGAGGAGAGGGCGCUUGGAGGCGGCACGUAUAAGGGCGGGGGGACUGCCAAGCACAAACCUAAUAUAGGAUAUAGGUUAGGUAGAAGAAAGGCACUUUUUGAAAAGAGAAAAAGGAUAAGUGACUACGCAUUAGUUAUGGGCAUGUUUGGUAUUAUAAUAAUGGUAAUAGAAAACGAACUGUCCAGUGCAGGUGUAUAUAGUAAGGCUUCAAUAUAUUCUCAGGCUCUCAAAACGCUUAUAUCAAUGUCAACUGUGAUUUUACUUGGCCUAAUCGUCGCGUAUCACGCCUUAGAAGUACAGUUAUUUAUGAUAGACAACUGCGCAGACGAUUGGCGGAUAGCAAUGACGUGGCAGAGAAUAGCGCAAAUCGGUCUAGAACUUACCAUAUGCGCGGUUCACCCCAUACCGGGUCAAUAUACCUUCACUUGGACGACUAAAUUGGCCAACAAAGGAGGAGUUAUUGGAGUAGAAGUUGGCACAAUGUAUAAACAAAUACAGGUACCGUACGAUGUAACCCUAUCACUACCAAUGUUUCUUCGUCUUUACCUUAUAUGCAGGGUUAUGCUACUUCACAGUAAACUGUUUACCGACGCUUCUUCUAGAAGUAUAGGCGCAUUGAACAGGAUUAAUUUUAAUACUAGAUUUGUAUUGAAGACUCUUAUGACUAUAUGUCCGGGAACUGUGUUACUUGUAUUCAUGGUUUCCUUAUGGAUAAUUGCAAGUUGGACGCUUCGUCAAUGUGAGAGGUUUCACGAUGAGGAACAUGCUAACCUACUCAAUGCGAUGUGGCUUAUCGCAAUAACUUUUCUCUCCGUUGGUUUUGGUGACAUUGUGCCAAACACAUAUUGCGGCAGAGGUAUCGCUGUUAGCACCGGCAUUAUGGGGGCUGGAUGCACAGCAUUAUUAGUGACCGUUGCUUCGAGAAAAUUAGAGUUAACUAGAGCAGAGAAGCAUGUGCAUAACUUCAUGAUGGAAACUCAGCUCACGAAAAAGCUGAAAAACGCUGCGGCAAAUGUUUUGAGAGAGACUUGGUUAAUAUAUAAACACACCCGUCUGGUGAAGAGGGUGCAUCCGGGCCGAGUGAGGACGCACCAGAGAAAGUUUUUAUUAGCAAUUUAUGCGUUAAGAAAAGUAAAGAUGGAUCAAAGAAAGCUCAUGGACAACGCCAACACAAUAACCGACAUGGCGAAGGACCCCUUCUUGUUACAGACCCAGAACACGGUUUAUGAGAUAGUAUCAGAUAUGAGCUCAAGACAAGAUAGCAUAGAAGAAAGGUUGACGAGUUUAGAAGAAAAAUUAACUACAUUACAGGAACAAGUGAAUAGUCUACCUGAUGUGAUGGCGCGGUGCCUACAGCAGUGUUGGGAGAGAGCAGAGCAGAGGAGGAACUUCCUGCACCCAGAUGCGGCGGCCGUGCCAACUCCGCCAGCAGCAAAUAUUUCUCCAUAUGUCAGAACAAUUCCUCCCACCACACACCCCUGGCCGCCGAGCCCCGUCCUGCAGCCGGCGGCGCGCGCGCACUCGGCGCCAGAGAGCGCGGGCGCGCCGUCCCCCGCGCCGCAGCCUCCAAGCCCCGCGCCGCACCCCCGUCCGCCUCUGCCCAGCUGAGUACCGCCUUCCAACUCCGAACUCCUGUGCUGAACUCGACGAAACUCGGCGCCCCUCCUCUGACCCCCCCCCUUUUGUUACACGAGGCCAUCGGGUAAAUUGUUUCACUUUAUAUUUCGAUGACUUUACCGAAACUUUCUUUUUUACUGAUGUUUUUUAAUGGACGUGUUCAAAAAGUGCUAAAUGACAGUGAAAUAUUUACCCCGGAUCGUCAGCGCGGAGCGAGAUAAGGUCAGCCGUAGUUUUCUUCGCUGUUCCAUUAAAGUUUCGGAUGUGAUGGACUGUUUAGUGUUACGUAGAUAGUGAAUGAACGGACAGAAGGACGAGCCGAUGUGAUUACGAUGCUUUAUUUAAAGACGCUUUAGCCAAUACCUUAGAUGAUAUUUUGAUUACAUUAUCAGCGUUUGUAAAAAUAAUGUUCAUGUCUUAUUUAAGGUGAACCUGAAAUUAUUUUAUAUGAACUAUCAAUAAGUUUAAUUUGUUUGUACAAUUAAUGAAGCACGUCAGAAAUAUUCUAUUUGUUUAGGUGUGUUUUGUUAACUCAGUAUAUCAACACAUGUAACUGAUGGCAACUGUUUGAGAAUUGUAUAGAACUUUUAUAUACACGUAGUGUAUAGAUGUUUAAAAGCAGCGAGAAAUAGGUACAGAUAUUAUAGUCUUGUUCACUUCUUUAUAAGUAUAAACUACAUAGUGCAGUUAAUGUAAAGCCAGGGACAAUACAUAUAGCAGAAAUGCAUCAUGUUCAAUAAAUAAAAGUUAAGGUAUAGCUCAAACAUUAAAUUAAUAUCAAGAUGCACAAUUAAAAUACAAUUUAGAAGUAUAUCAGGUUUUUUAAAGAAACAGAUACUGUAUCAGAUAAGUAUAAGGUAUAGUAUAAUACAAUAUAAUAAAUGCAUAUUAGUGUUGAAUAAAAACAAUGAGAUUUAAUUUUUUUCUGCUAUAUGUAUAGAGUUAUCUGCUAACCAUCUUACAGACCUUAUAGGUUUCUUUACUGUUUACACACUUAGUUUAAAGAAUUGUUAUUACUGAUUGACGUAGAUGUAAUUUUUAUAACCUAGAAUAAGCAAGCUUCGUAUUAAGACAUUAAGAUUGAUGGCUGUCUAAAUAGUGCCUAAAACACUACAAAAAUUUCGAUAAUUCAGUUUUAUUAUCUUAAAUAACAUUAAACCUGUAAAUAGUACCUAGUACGUAAUAAGAGUAUAAUAAUUAAUAUUAGCUUGUAUGAGAAGGAGUUGUGGGAACAAUUUAUUUAUAUUUUUCGUUAGCAUUAUCGUCUAAAACAUUUUCACUUUAAUAAUGUAUCUCCCUAUUGAAAUACCCAAUAUUUAUAUCUAGUCUUACGUCACUGUUGAAUUCAUUCAUAGAUAUUUAGAGAGUAACAUAAAAACUCUAAUUGUACGUUAAUCUAUUUAGAAUAUUUUUAAAAUUUUAAUCACAUUGUCCAAUAUAAUAAUAAAAUGCGUUGAAAUUGAGUAGCCAAUGUAAUACUGUGUGUUUUUAUAUAUUGAUUGUAAAUUAAAAUUUAAUUUUAAACUGUUUUGUAGUCCUUCAAAUUUAUUACACAAUUCUUUUAUCUGUGGAUUACAUAACAAAAUAUAUUUAUAUCUGUUAAACUGUAUAUGUUAUACUUUGUUAAACUAUAUUAUUAUCUAUACAAUUCUAAAUGAUUUAUAUUUAAACAUUUUGUUUAAAACAAUAUUCAAAUAUUGGUAUAAUUGUAUUUAUAGACAAGGGUAAAAUAUUAUAGUUAGUUAUCAGUAUGCGGCCUUAGUAAUUAUUUAGUACGGCAAAAAUAUUAUAUUUUAGUAAUUAGGUAUGUUCGUUUCUGUUGCGAUAUAUUUUGCUAAUCUGUAAGAAAUUGAUUUCUAUAUUUAGUAAGAAUAUAAAUUCCUAUUAGAUGUUCGAUAUGAAACACCAAUUAGUGUAGAUUAGAAUAAUAUUUGAUUAGCUGUAGGAGUUGAUUUUACACAACAUUACUAUUACCACAAGAUUGUGUUAAUUUAAAUUUUUUGUUUCUUAUCGACAUACUUAUGCUUAAUUUUCACGCUACUAUAACGUUUUUUAAUUACUAACGGUACUAAAUAUUAGCAUUUCACCACAACUAUGAUACUGUGUUAUUUUUUUCUCUUGUU